GAAGUUACUCACUCCCAUCCCAUUUGUAAACUUCCUGGUUUUAAUCUCAUCAAAAAGAAAGUAAAAUGAACAGAAUAAGAAGAGACUGAGGUCAUACUGAAUGGUAACAAUGGAGAACAUUGGCUGUCAACAGUGCAUCUGUAAUGACCCCUUUCUAAGACCCCCAAAAGCACCAAUAUUUGGAAGCACAUCACAACAAGCAAAGGCUGAAAUGAUAAAAAUGCAAGAUGAAUCUGAAGUUUAUCAGAGUUACAUUGAAUUAUGUGGAAACAAAACAUAUGUUCCAGUAUAUUCCAAGACAUCUAGCACCACUGCCCAGACGACAGUUGUUCCCAGGGUCACGACUUUGAAGGAUGUGACGACAGAUUUUACAAAUAUUACAUCCUUACAAAAUGACACCCUAGUCCCGCCCACCUCCAUAUUAAGCAGCUCCUCCGCAGAUUCUGAUGGUUGGAUAGUCCCUGUUGUGAUUGUGAUCAUUCUUGCCUUUGUAAUAGCUAUAAUUGCAGUAGGAGUUUAUAUGUACAAGAAGAAAGGAAAGGCAGGAAACAUCACACACACAUAUGAUCUGCAGACUCAUGAAAGUGUGAAUUACCUGAACAACAAGGCAGAGAAAGGAAACAGGUGGAGUGGGGCUCAUGAGAACGUUAAUUAUCUGGACAACCACGCAGAGAAAGGGAAAAAGUGGAAUGGGGGUGACAAAAAUGGUUUGGAGGGAAGCGGGAAGCAGGGGGGAUAUACAGGAAAUCUUAAUGGGACACAAGUGGAGGAUAAAGUCUUGAAGAAGUCAGACAAUGUUAAUUAUAACAAAAAUAACAAGGAACUUGAAGUAUCAUUGAAAAAUGAUGAUUCAGUGAUGAAUAGUGAUCAUCCACAGAAUAAUGAGACAAAAUCAUCACUAAAACGCAAGCCCCAUGGGAAAAAAGAAGAUGAAGCCAUCUAUGCAAAUUCUCAGUUCGUUAAAGUGGCAAAGGCAGAUCAGUUAAACAAAAGUGCAAAUAAAAAACCACUGGUGGACACUCCGUCAUGUGGAACCCGAGACAUUUCACCCCCUGUGGACAAAAAGACACAUGAAAUGUACUAUAUUGAUGAGAAUCCAUACGACAGAGUUGAUAGCAGGAAGAAACCAGUGCCCAAGAAACGUAACAAAGUGAUGCAGCAUGACCCAGGAAGUAAAUGAUACAGGAAGUUGUGAUAUUUUUAAAAAAUUAACCAGGAAGGGAUAUUACAAGCUUAUAUGAAUGUUGAUAUUCAGUCAAAAAUAGGUCAAGCUGAUCAAUUUUAGGAAAAAGUGAGAGGAGAAGGUUGUACUUUAUAGUUGUGAAAUCUUACAAAAUGGUUGUAUUAUGUACACAGAAAAUGCAAGUAUAUAAAAUUUGUUAAUGUUAUUUUGUUUUUGUUAUACAUGGAUUUUUGACUGUUGAUUGCAUAUUACCUGUAGCUUCCAUAAUAAAUGGCUGGUAAUCUUGGUAUUAACUUCCAAUUAUUUCUUAUCCGUGAUGUAGUGUUUCCCAAUACAAAAACAGGAAAGUCAGUGUCUUAAAAAAUUAUAGAAAAUGUCUGUUUCUGACUCUUAUACAUGUUAUUGAGAAUAAAUGAAACUUUAUGAAAGUAAAAAUGCCUUUUCUGUCACCUUGUACCAGUAGUUAGAUAAAUUGUAUCAAAGGUUGUGUUGUAUGCCAUGUAUGUUAUUUUAAGGUGUAAAAUAAUAUCCCUUUUUUAUGUACAUGUAGUACAUGUUUUUAUUUAAGAUUUAGGAAUACUUUCACACUUUACGGUAACCAUACUUGUACAGAUAAAUAAUAUGGAAUUUUUUAAAGAAAAUGUUUGUUGAUUAUACAUUUUGAUUAAAUAAACUUGGCAUGUUAAUAUGAAUUCAAAAACAGAAAAAUUAUUCAAGCUUUUCGAAGGUUGAAAUAAUUCCUAUGAUUUCUUAAUAAAACCAGUUUUUUUUUUUUAAUUUCCAUCACCCCCUCUCACAGACUUCUCACAGUAUCUGUCACCUAAAAUGUCAACAAAAUUUGAAAUUAUUGAAAUUCCAUGUUUAAUCUUGAAUUUUGAAGAAAUCUUGAAAAAUCUAAAUCAAAAACAUAAAAUGUUGCUAAAAUGUGGUUCCCACACAUCUUUUGUUCAAUUGUAUACAUUUUAUUUAUUGAUAUUUUUUAUUAAAUUUUACUAAAGAAAAGACACAUGUAUAUUUUUCUUAAAAUGUAUUCUAGGCAUUAGUAAAUGGAAUAAUAUUCAUGUAUAUGUAGUUUCUAUGUACCAUACUCUAGAGGCAAAUUACACAGAAUUAUACAUAAUAUAUGCUGCAUGUACCAAGCCUUCUAAAAAUGCUUCCAUGAUAUUCUAGUCUGCACCAAGUCAUUCUGAGAAACUGUGAUAACUUGUAAUAUCUCACUUGUUAUACAGAGGCACCUUUUUUUUUUGCCCAGUUGUGUUUUUAGUAUGUAACCUAUCCUUCAGUUAUUAAAUGUUAAGAUGUACAUUAUUUUAAAACUCUGUUUUCUCUGUUAUUGUUAAAUUAAUUUUAUUAUUAUUUCUCCAUUUUGAAUUUAUAUGAUGUCAUAUUUAUUUCAAAGCUUGCAAAUGUAGUUAGUUUACUCAAUUAAAUAAUUCUAAUCAACAGUAA